AGGACACGCCGCGCCGCGCCGCCGCAAUAGGGCCUCGGUCGCCCCGGUAACGCGCGAGUAGCAGGUUUCUGGCGAUGAGCGUCCGGCUCCUACAGGCUGCGCGGACUUGGGGCUGGGGCGCGGGGGGCGCGGGGGCCCCCCGCGGGGCCUCGAACUUCCCGCUGCCUCCGCCGGGCGCGGUGGACGUGGCUGAGCUGCUGCGAGAUGCGACCACAGCGGAGGAAGGGGCCAGGGAGGAGGCGGCGGCGCGGCGGCUGCCGGGCCAAUGCUCGGUCCUGCUCUUCCCCGGCCAGGGCAGCCAGGUGGUGGGCAUGGGCCGCGGUAUGCUCCGCUACCCGCGCGUCCGCGAACUGUACUCCGCCGCCCGCCACGUGCUGGGCUACGACCUGCUGGAGCUGAGCCUGCACGGGCCGCAGGAGGCCCUGGACCGCACCGCGCACUGCCAGCCCGCUGUCUUCGUGGCUUCGCUGGCCGCCGUCGAGAAACUGCAUCACCUUCAGCCCGCGGUUAUUGAGAACUGUGUUGCUGCUGCUGGAUUCAGUGUGGGAGAAUUUGCAGCCCUGGUGUUUGCUGGAGCCAUGGAGUUUUCUGAAGGUUUGUACGCGGUGAAAAUCCGAGCUGAAGCCAUGCAGGAAGCUUCGGAAGCUGUCCCCAGUGGGAUGUUGUCUGUCCUUGGCCAGCGUCAGUCCAAGUUCAGCUUCGCCUGUUCGGAAGCCCAGGAGCACUGCAAGACUCUGGGCAUCGAGAACCCUGUGUGUGAGGUGUCCAACUACCUCUUCCCUGAUUGCAGAGUGAUCUCAGGACACCUAGAGGCUCUGCAGUUUCUCCAGAAGAAUUCCUCUAAGUAUUACUUUAGACGCACCAAGAUAUUGCCAGUUAGCGGCGGGUUCCAUACCCGCCUCAUGGAGUCAGCCUUGGAGCCCCUGGCGCAAGUUUUAAAGGCAAUUAAUGUCAAGGAGCCUCUGCUUUCUGUCCACUCAAACGUCAACGGGAAUAGAUACAUGCAUCCAAAGCACAUCCAGAAACUGCUGGUCCAGCAGCUGGUUUCCCCGGUGAAGUGGGAGCAGACCAUGCACGCCAUCUACGAGAGGAAGAAGGGCACCCCGUUCCCCAGAACCUUUGAAGUCGGGCCUGGGAAGCAGCUGGGCACCAUCCUGAGGAGCUGUAACCUGCAGGCCUGGAAGUCUUACAGUCACGUGGAUGUGCUGGAGGCUGAUGAGGACCUGGACCAGGGCCUGUAGGAGUCUCUCAGUGACCAUGGAAUAGAGCUGGGGGUGGGGACGGGCCUUAGGAGGGGAAGGAGGCGCCCAGCAGCUGAGCCCAGCCUGGCAUCCCCAGAGGCUGUGCACCUGCCCACCCUGCCUUCCUAUCAGGCCUCCCCCAGGGACUACGUGGAAUUGUUUGCAAAGGGCUUUGCCACAUAAAAAGUGAGUAUUUCUUUACAUGACACAGUCUGUUUCUCCCCUUUGAAACACGUUUGAGAGCUGGGGGAAAAGACACAGCAGUAAUGGUUACCAGGAGGCCAGGUAGAUUUUCACUGCCUUGUGGGCAGGCCGCCUCACCUCUUUGCCUCGGAUGGUGUUUCUGUGAAGUGGGCUGAGUCAGUGUGCUGACAGGUGUGUCCUGAGGACUGGAAGGCUUCUCCUGUUGCUGUGUGGGUGCCUGGGCACACUGGCCACAAGCGCUUGCCCAGGCAGCUGGCAGCCAACCCAUAGCCAGAAUCUUGGCUCCUUUGUCGGUGAAUCCAAAGGGCUUUAGGACCCAACUGGCCUUGUCAGCCCUCCAUCCACUCCUGUCCUCAGCAGUUGGGAGUUCCAGCCCCACUUGUUUACUUACCCAACAGAUCAUAUUGAGUACCUGCUGUAUGCCAGGGCAUGAGUGGCUUUUGCCCUGGUGGGGAGAGUGACUAAGGGUCCUGUUUCCUCCCCCACCCCCACGUCUUCCCUUUGACGGCAGUUAACUAAGUGCCUACUGUGUGCACGACUUAGGCUGGCACAGGCUGCCUCACAGAGCAGAUUCUCUGCCUGCUCCACACGAAGAGCAAAGCACAGCUCCUCACAGUAUUAAAUACGAGUGAUUCUAAGCUGC